UCCAUACCAGCGCCUCUAAUAGGUCACCUGGCAUCGCUUAAUUUGCCUGCACCCUCAGCCCUUGGACCAUCAUUCUUCGAAUUACCGGAAACACCACUUGCAAAGCGCGCGGAGAAUUUCGUGCGGGAGUUCAUACCAUUAUGGGCUGCUCAUCAUUCCUUCCGCACGUACGCGUUCGCGUUGUGCAUUGCGAAUUAUGCUGGGUGGGACAGCGGCGAAAACGCGCAAGAACUAGGCUUCGAUAAAGAGCUUAUCUACUUCGCUUGCGUUUUGCAUGAGAUCGGGUUCAACCCAGACGCCCAGAAAAGCUCGUUAUCGUUGGAGUUAUGGGGCGCGAUCAAAGCACGCGAAUGGAUUCUGGAACAAACGUCACAGGUGCUUGAGGAGUGUCGAGGCUUCCAGACUGCCGAGUCGAUGGCCUACUGGGCUGACGAGGUCUGCGAGGCUAUCGCGCGACACACCAUUGAGUUUCGGGAUUUCAGUUCCCGAGUCAGACUUACUGGUGCUCUAGUCACACUCGGAGCGGGUCAGGAUCUUAUGGGACUAAGCGCGCAAUUCAUACAUUCCGACGAUAUUAUAACG